UUUGAUAGAGGUCACGUGGGUUCAUGAUGAUGUCACGUCGUAAGUGUGUACUUCCUUCAUGUCAUGUUAAGGAAAUACAUAUGUAAACACAAGCGUAUAUUGUUAAAUCUGGGUUGAAUUUUCUAAACAAUUGGUGGAGAAGACAAACAUUUCUGAGUUUAGAAGACAAUAUCUUCUGUGUUUCCCUGUGUCGAAGAUCGCCGAUUGGAAGAAGAGCGAACAUGGCUACGAUACGGAUGCUGGUCCUUGCUGUCGGGACGUUCACCACCGUCCCGGAAUAUAACGUUCAUGCAAUAUCGAUGCCCGAUAGUUUAGCUUUCGACUACAAAAGACAGACCGGAUAUGGUUCGAAAACAGCGCUGCCAUCAGUUACGGAAGACAAAUGCCCACCGUUUCAAUUGAAAGGAAGCAUGCGUGUGAAGUACAGCCGACGAUAUGCUCGGUUUUAUUGUGACCCACCCUUCACCAUGUACGGCUCAAAACGAGCCAAUUGUGUGGGCGGUGUUUGGACCGGAGGUCAGCCAUUAUGUAUAGUAAGCCGUUGUCCAGACUUGACUAUGAGUGACCCCCACCUGACCGUCUACCGUCGUUACCAGGGGGCGCUACUCUUGUUCUCUUGUCCCCCUGGCAUGUCUGUCUUGGGCGAUAACCAACUCGUUUGUGACGGAGAGAAAUGGAGUGGAGUUGUUCCUACAUGUGUUUUUGAGGAAGCCGAGCGGUCGUGUGGGUUUGAGGAUAAAGACUUGUGCGGCUGGACUAGCGAUGUGAAUUGUACACUAGCAUGGACAUGGACCAAUGGGUCAACCCCAACAAACCGGACUGGUCCAAGCACUGGUCACUCUCCGGCCGGGACGUCAGGUUACUAUCUGUACAUGGAAAGUUCCGGUCCAUCGUCGGGACGUAAUAAUGAAGCAAGGCUGUUAUCUCCCUGGUUCCGGGACGUUCCGGAAGGAACAUGUUUCCAAUUCUUCUAUCAUAUGCUUGGGCAGGAAUCUCACGGAGAUUACAGUUCCUUGUUUGUCUACGUGAGAGAUGAACAGUCCGUGGAAAAUCUCGUGUUCUCGACUUCCGGUAGUCAUGGCAACCGUUGGGUACGAGGAUUGGUAAUAUUGACAGAGGAUCACGCGCUAUUUCAGAUUGUGAUACAAGCCACAAGGUCAAGUAAUUGGGCACAUGACGUGGCUAUUGAUGACGUCACACUUUACAACUGUUCAAAUGAAGAUAUUGAGCUAUCACCGGAUGUGACGUCAGUGACAGAUCGCGAGGAUAACAGUACCACAUCAAACUCAUUCACGGACAAAUAUGAAAUGGAAACAACUACAAUGGAUCAUGUGACCAACAAAAUAAGUAACUUUACCACUCUUGGUAAAACAAUUACUCAGAACCCGGAAUUGGAUAGCACUACCAAAAGUCCAACUGCAGGAACAACAAUUUAUCCAUUGCCAAAACAGUCUGAUUAUAAAAUACAAAACGGUUCGAAUCCGGAUAAUUAUACCCAUUUAUAUUCUGAAAACGCUUCAACAGCUGACAGUGUUAAGACGAAAGGAACGUUUGUAGUGCCGUCAUCCCGGGUCCCCAUGUCAGAUAAUGAGCUUUACACCCUCUAUACGGGCCUGAUCGUGGUCGUCAUUAUCAUCCUUUUACUUCUCUUGACGAUAUUAGUAGGAGUACAGGUUCAGUGGAGAAAGAAACGGACGCCACGCGCCGACGCCAUGGAUGAGGCCAUAGAAAUGGAAAUGAUGAACGGGUACAAAUCGAAUGGUGACGCCAGCGAAAAUUUACGUAGUGUGAGAAACAAUUCUGCAGACAGUUUUAUCACUGACACGCCGCGAACUAACGAAGAUGCCGUGUUUUGCACACACUUAUAACUGAAUCUGUUACUGAAAAAAGAAAUACUGCACUAUUAUCAAAUAUGUGUAUUUAUGUCGCCAUAGAAACUUUGAAGAGUCCAUAGGUUCAAUACUUUAGUUCUCGACUAUAAGGUCGGUAGGGAAAAUAAGGGAAACACAGUGUCAGAGGGAGUUAACUCUCACUGAAUGCACAUAUGAAAGACAUCGCUGUUUUCUUCUCAAUGAAAACAAUUUGGAUUGUGAAACAUUCGUUAAAUAAGGUUAACACAGGUUGCAUAUAAGGAACAAUUAUAUUAGUCCUUUGUGCAAGAUUGGUCCUCACCUCGGCUCAGUUUAUUUAAUAAUACAGGCAGUAUAAUAUGGACCUAUAUGCUAACUGAAUAAAACCUUGUUCUCCA